UCCCGCCAUUCUCGCUCUCCCUCUUAUCUCUCUCUCUCUUCUCUCCCUCUCUCUCUCAACGAUGUCACGGCAGCAACAACAAUGCGAUUCACGGCGGGGGAAAAUCCCGCCGGGAAUUCUUCUAAUCCGCGGCAAGGAUUGGAACCUCCACACCUACCGCUACAUGGUUCUGUUCAUCACAUUCAUCGCCUACGUUUGCUACCACGCUUCACGAAAAGGCACCGGCAUAGUCAAAAGCGUGCUCUGCCCUGUCCCAAACAGAACCAAAAUCCACGGUUGGAGCCCCUUCAAUGGCCCAGAAGGAACUUCCAAGUUGGGAGAAAUCGAUGUGGCGUUCUUGGCUUGUUACUCUCUAGGGAUGUAUGUUGCUGGGCACUUAGGGGAUACCCUGGAUUUGCGAUUGUUCCUCACGGUGGGGAUGAUGGGGAGUGGAGUUUUUGUGGGGCUUUUUGGGAUGGGGUAUUUCUGGAAUGUUCAUGAGUUUUGGUUUUUUCUGGUGAUGCAGAUGGUGGCGGGGUUGUUUCAGGCGACGGGGUGGCCGUCGGUGGUGGCGGUGAUUGGGAACUGGUUUGGGAAGAGGAAGAGGGGGCUGAUAAUGGGGGUUUGGAAUGCGCAUACUUCGGUUGGGAAUAUUAGUGGGUCGCUUCUUGCGGCGAGUGUUUUGGAUUAUGGGUGGGGGUGGUGUUUUGUUGUGCUUGGUGGGGUGAUGGUGUUUGGAGGGGUUGUUGUUUAUUUGUUUCUGGCUGCGUAUCCGGAGGAUGUCGGGUUUUCGUCGAUUAAUCAGGGGGAUGAAGAGGCUCAAGGAGGUAAAGAUGGUGGUGGUGGGGGUGAAGGGGAGAGUGGUGGUGUUUCCAGGAAGAGCAUAGGGCUUGUUGAAGCUUGCAUGAUACCAGGAGUGAUCACUUUUGCUUUGUGCCUGUUCUUUGCCAAGCUUGUUGCCUACACUUUUCUCUAUUGGUUGCCAUUUUACUUGACUCAGACAGAAAUUGGUGGGAAGUACAUCUCUGUUAAAUCUGCUGGAAACCUUUCAACCAUGUUCGAUGUGGGGGGCAUUGUUGGGGGCAUUCUUGCAGGCCACAUAUCUGAUAGGCUCAAUGCUCGCGCUAUAACCGCAGCCAGCUUCUUGUUUGCAGCGAUUCCUUCCAUGUUUUUAUACAGAUCAUAUGGAAGUGUUUCCAUGAAUGCCAAUAUUGCACUCAUGAUGGUGACUGGAUUAUUAGUAAAUGGACCCUAUGCACUCAUCACUACAGCUGUCUCUGCGGAUUUGGGUACGCACAGUUCUCUUAAAGGGAAUUCUCGUGCUCUGGCUACAGUUACUGCUAUUAUAGAUGGUACCGGAUCAGUUGGUGCAGCUCUUGGCCCUCUUCUUACUGGGUUUAUCUCAACAAAGGGGUGGAAUGGAGUUUUCACUAUGCUAAUCGUUGGGGCUUUUAUUGCUGGGCUUCUUUUGACGCCUUUGAUCAUAGCUGAAAUCACAGAAAGAACGGGCAAACCUAGCGAACAGCAAAAUCUUGAAGCCUCUGCAUCUCAACCACUUCUGGAGGAAGAAAGGUGACACUUAUCGAGAACCUCAUGAAUCCUCAAAUAUGAUGCUUAGUACUUAGGUUGUAAUAUGAGAAGGUUGUAAUAUAUUGUUAAUGGCUCUUACAGUAGCUUGCAGCAGCCACUUCAUUGCUCAUUUUCUGUGACGAUGAUAUGUGCCUAAUUAUAUGUAAAUGAACAUGUAGAUUAGAUGUAUUUAGGCUUAAAUGCAUUUGUUGCCCCUGAUGUAUAGCCAAUAUGCAAAAGACAACCCAAGUCUAUUUUUGUCGACGUUUGUACCCUCAAUAUUUUGAGAAAGUAUAACGAAUGCCCCUCCGUCAGAUUUGACGUUAAAAAACUAACGGAGGGGCUGACGUGGCUUUUCUAUUUUAUUUUUCUUUUAUUUCUUAAAUGACACAUCAUUAAAUAAAAAUCAGAAACUUCAAAAGGGGUGGGGGGAGAUUCGAACCCAGGACUUGAAUGUGGCAAAACACACACUUUACCAGUUAAGCUACUCAAACAAUUAAUAAUGUUACGAACAAAAAUUUAUUUAUAUCAUGUUUAUUCAUCAAAAUACAUAAACCCUAACAGUUCUCACUAUUUCUAUUCAUCUUCAUCCAAACACCACAAUCUAGCACAGAACAAAUAGAGCGAGUCAGGUCCUUCAAUCUCCGCCCGAGUCCAAGUCCGCUCAGCCCCAACUCGUUCGCACACCCUCCUUGCUACUAGAGAGACACCUCGUUUAAAUUUUCCCUCUUCCAAUCUCAACCUGCACUUGCAGUUUCAGAAACAAAGCACAUCCAACCCGAUCCGGUUGUGUCGACACGUGUUCGGGCUCCUUCGGUGUUAGAGCGGGUUUGAUCCAUGAGCUUCU